CAAUGAUCCAUCCUUCACCCCCAACCCAAUUAUGUCAUGCAUCAUGGCUUCAAAGUAUCCUGGACCCUCUUGUAAUUUUGAUACCCGUCCCUUCGUCUCCACCGCCUCGGACAAGGCCUUAUACUACCUUGUCCGUCCCGCGUUCGCUCACCGUCGCAUUUGGCUUGUCACUCCCGUACUGUGGUGUCUAGCCAGAUAUAUAGACACUUCUCCAUGCUGCUUGGAGCCACAGAGGUUCGCGCUUGCUGCCUGACCGAACAGCUCAUUGCUCAAAUAUGCAGCUUUGGGUUCAAGUCCUUUUCUUCAUAUACUGUCCUUACUACCUUUCCCUUGUCACAUUGACUGUCAGAGUUGCUUUUCUUUCCGAACUUUCGAACCCUGCCUAUCUUCCUUGAGAAAGAUCUUAUGGCAACCAGGAUCAAGAUGAGUUCUUCGUCAUCUUCGCGCAAGUCGCGCAGAACGACUAGCAUCUCCAACGUCAUGUACACCAACGCCGUCUACUUCCCCAACGAACGGAUAUACCAAGGCGACACGCCGGGCGCCAUGAACUAUGGCUGCAUCAAUCAUGUGUAUUACGCCUUUGCAAAUAUCUCGCCUGAUGGAAGUGUUUUUCUGAGCGACGAGUGGGCUGAUGCUCGCGCACCAGUCGAUGGCGUCCACGGUGGCCUAGGGUCUCUCAUGCACCUCAAGCAGAAGCAUCCGCAUUUGCAAGUUAUUCUGUCCAUCGGGGGCGGCAAUUCCAGUGCCGUGUUCCCCGUUAUAGCUGCGAAUACACUAUACAGAGACAACUUUGCCCGCUCUGCGAGAGGCCUGGUCGACGCGUCGGGCUUAGAUGGUAUUGAUAUUAUGUGGGAGUAUCCUUGUGAUUCCCAGCAAGGCCACCAUUUCCUCGCUCUGUUGGCAGCUGUUCGCCUUCAUAUGCCCGAAAGUCAUUAUCUCCUUACUGCUGCGCUGCCCGCGAGCCGAGCGAUCUUGCAGUACAUCGAUCUGCAAAGAACGGCCGACUACGUCGACUACCUCAAUCUCAUGGCUUACGACUUUGCUGGCACAUGGACACAUAGGAGCGGCCACCAUGCCCAAUUGUAUGCGAUGAGCAAGGACGAACUUUCGGGCGCAUCGACAGUGCAGUAUCUAGUCUCGCAAGGCUUUCCCUCGCAGAAGAUCCUACUCGGCAUCCCCCUUUACGGUCGCAGCUUCCUUCAUGCUACUGGGCCGGGACAGAAGUUCAAGGGAGGUGGCGGGAGCAAUGGGACAUUCGAGUACAACCAACUUCCCCGUCGAGGGACGAAAGAAGUCAUUGACAAGAAGUCUAUUGGAGCCCAAUGUGUCGGAGGGGAUGGCGGCUUCGUCACAUACGACAACCCCGACACGGUGAAGAUGAAGGCCGCAUUUUGCAAACAGAAGAGUCUAGGAGGAUUAUUCUACUGGAGCGGACCAGCAGACGCAAAGGAAAGCUCGCGGAGUCUCAUAGCCACCGGGUUCAGAGCUCUGCAUAGCUCUUGAAGGGCCAUCUUUCUCGGAAUGAACCACCUAGGGUGCGUUCGAGACAUUCAGCAACAGUCCGCCGACACGUGUCGGCAAACCUCGGCCUCACGGGCCGACGGUCAGUGACAGACAGACGAUAAUUGCAUUUGCGCGGAGUAAGGGGAUCGACAGCAUCUGACGGGGGGGCGACAUGGCGUUCUUUUCUUCAAUUCGGCGACCUGCAUCACGGACUUUGUUUCUUUUUUACUCGAUUUUCGACAUUUGCUCAGAUUUCACGCAUGAUUCCCCCUUGAACCUAUUUGAUCGACGCAUCACCGGGCGGCGGCGGCAUGACUGGAUUUUGGGGGCGGGGAAAGGACACCAAAAAUUUGGGGCGGCUGAUGAUAUCCCACGCGUGGAGCAAAGGGGAGGGGGGGGGGGGGGG